AUGGGUUACAAAGUGACGUAUUUCCCAAUCCGAGGUCUGGGCGAACCUAUCCGUCUGCUUCUGGCCGAUCAAGGAAUUCAAUUUGAGGAUGACCGUUUCAACACGGACGAUUGGCCGUCACUUAAGCCACAGUUUCAAUUCGGACAAGUGCCGUGCCUCGUCGACGAUGGUGAACAAAUCGUCCAAUCCGGCGCCAUCCUCAGACACCUUGCCCGCAAACAUGAUUUGUAUGGUUCCAAUGAACUGGAUGCGACCUAUGCCGAUAUGUUCUAUGAAGGAGUUCGCGAUUUGCACCAAAAAUAUGUAAAGAUGAUCUACCAGGCCUAUGAAACAGAAAAGGAGCCAUUCAUCAAAAAUAUUCUGCCAGAGGAGCUGACAAAACUGGAAAAAUUGCUUGCGACACGAGACGGAGGGAAGAUGUUCAUUCUUGGGGACAAGAUUUCAUUCGCAGAUUAUGUUCUUUUCGAAGAACUCGACAUUUUGCUGAUUCUCGACCCGCACUGUCUGGACAAAUUUCCAUUGCUGAAGGAGUACCACAGUCGGAUGGCUGAAAGACCAAAUCUCAAGGUAACCUAA